ACCGCUCAAGUCGCUCAACUUCCAGUACAAAUCACAGCCCCAGGACCAGGAGUAUCAGCUCAACCAGGACACCCCCGUCAACGGAGCACCAGCUCCUUAUCCUUACCGCUACGAACACGACCCCGCAGCUUCAUGGCCAAACUCUGUCGGCCAGCCUGUCCCUCGCCAAGCACCGGUUGCAGCACCAGAUGCCGCCCAGUCUGCUCGCACGUAUCCAAAUGCAUCUUAUCACCAAAAACACAGGGCCCCUCCUCCGCCUUCUUCCUUCCCCCACCCGUAUCCUCCCCCUUCCUACCAGCAGCCAUCUCACACCCCCUCCGCGUCCAACUCCACCUCCUACACGUCCUACAACACUCCCCCGUCCUACCCCUCCAGCACAACCUCCCCUACCUACUCGAACACUACCAGCCCAACGUACCCCACUUAUGCCUCCCACCAGUACAGCACACCCACAUCUGCUUAUCCUCCCCCGCCCUCUCCGACACCGACACCGACACAGCCAGUACACACCCACUCCCCGGCUCACUAUGUCCCUGCCUACCCGUUUGAAGACGCCAGGUCAGUACAGCCCCAUCCACCGCCUGACCCACGUGAUGCGCGCCCACCCGUCACUCAGCCAGAGCCAAGACAACGAUAUCCACACCCACAUGCAGAUGCGCGCACCCCAGACGUCGUUCGACAACCAUAUGCACCUCCGUCUGCACCCGCAGACCCUCGCUCAACAUAUUCCUCCGAUGUCCGACCGUAUCCUUCCCAGCACGACUCCCGUCCAGUAUACCACCACCACAUGGAUGCAUCUCGUCCUGGCGCGGCGUACACGCAGCCUCAGCCCGCGCCCGCUCCCCGCACUUCUUACGUCCAAGAGACCCCUCCACGACACACAUAUACCCAAGAUCCUCGGCCACCACAAUAUCCUCCAGAGAGUCGCGCCGCUCCAGGAACAGGUACGUACCCAGACACUGGUGCACCGUCGUAUACCACGGCCGACCAGGGCCGCCCCUCGUAUAUCCCGAGUGAGGCUCAGAGACCCGGGCCGUCAUAUGCCCCUCCUGAACAGCACCGCAUCACUUCUUACGGUGCUGGCGAGCAACGGACAUCAUAUACCGAUGUGCGGGCCCCCACCUAUGCUGCCAAGCCCCCCGACAACGGCAGCGCCCAGUACAAGCGGUGGCAGACCAGCAUACGCUUCCGAUCCCGGUCCUGUCGCGAUAACUGCUCCUCCUCCCACGGCGGCUCCCCCUGCCCGUCCACCUGCAGUACCACACUCCGCGAUGCAUUAUCCACCCUCGCACAUACUGGCAUACGCCGUUGCUCCAUCAGCUGGCGAAUCCCACGAUGCAGGGCGUGCCGCAGGAAUGCCGCCCUCGCCCGCUGCACACGGGCAUGCGCACUCACAUGCAUACGGCCCUCCGCAAGUUCCCAGCACUCACCCUUCCCAUUCCUCAGCACCCCCGCCGCACCCCCAUCCGCAAAGUCAUCCACAUCUACAACCGCCCGUUUCUGGUUCUGCUCACCCUUCGUCCGCUCAUCCACCUAGUUCCCAGCCUCCACACCAACAGCAGCAGCAGCAGCCUCCGCCACAGACUCAACCGCCCUCGCACCCACAGGUGGCACCACCAUCCAUGCACCCUCAUGCACCUCCCCACCCCCAACCACAGCCGACGGUGCCCAUGGUAGAACCACCACGCCCAGCCUACGUUUCCCCUGCAGAUACGAUGCAUUCGAGACCGACGCGUUACGUGCAUGGGCACGGUCAUUCGAUCGGGAGCCACGUGCCACCUUCUGGGUCAACUCACGCGGGACAAGUUGUAGAUCAGGGUUUGGCAACGCCACAGGGUCAAGCGCAAGCGUAUGCACCACCAGUCGCGAGCGUCGAGGACCGUGAACGUGCCGAACGCGAACGAGCGAGGGAACGCGACAGAGAACGCGCGAUACGGGAGAGGGAGGAGCAGCGGGAGCGAGAACGCGAGCGGGAGGAACAGAAGGAACGGGAACAGAGGGAGCGGGAAAAGGCACGUGAGGCCGCGGAGAAGGUGCGUGAGAUGGAGAUGCAGCAACAACGAGAGAGGGAGGAGAAAGCGAGAGAUACCGAGAAGGAGCAGGUGAUGUUAGAGGUGUUGGAACACUGCAAGGUUCUGUACGACUUUGCCUGUCGAUACGCACAACUGCAAUCGUCUUCCCCACAUGUGCAGCCCGCGCCCCAGGAACUCGAAGAAAUGAGCCGUCGAGCAUCAGAGGUAUUCCGUCUUCUCGAGUGUCUCAGGUCUCCCUCGGGUCUGGUUUCGUCGACACCGACAUCCACGACGCUGACCGGCGGUGCUGGUCCAUCCUCUGCGUCUAUGGACGCCGAUACCCGCCCACCCAAGCGACCUUGGGAGGAGACCCAAUCUCAACAGCAAGCGACCCACUCUGGCUCGUUCCCGUCUGCUCCUGCAGGCAACAUAUCGGGGCCAUCGACGAGUGCUGAGCAGACGGCAGCAGAGAAAGACAUGGAAUUAAUUCGCACAAAACGCGCGAUGACGACGAACCUUGCAGCAACAGCCGCUGGUGGUAGUGGAGGCGGAGGUUCGAUCGGAGGUGGGACACCCAUGGGAUCUGGGAACUCUGCAUCGAAAAACAAAUAUCGAAAGCGAAGCCGCGCUACGCCUCCCGGCAAGUGUCAUUCGUGUAAUAUCAGGGAGACACCCGAGUGGCGACGUGGUCCGGAUGGGGCGCGGACCCUUUGUAAUGCAUGUGGCCUACACUAUGCGAAACUCGUUCGGAAGCGCGAGAAGGCAGCCGCUGAGGGUGGCGGUGGUAGUGGCAUGCAGAUAGAUAUUGAUAUGUUGCGAGCGAGCGCGCGCGCAGUCGAAAACGACAAAUCUCGACCGUCGGGGAGCAGUAGUACUUCUGGUGGAGGAAAUGGUGGUGCCUCAGGAUCCGACACGACCGGGAUGACGGCGGUACAUACAGGCUCGUUUCAGAUUAUGAACGUUACGAUGACUUCAACCUCGGACAACAAUCCGUCAUCGUCCACGUCCACGACACAGACGCAAACAUCGACUCCAACACAUGCUUCUUCCUCUGUUCAGCACUCUUCUCCGUCGCAUCAACCACGAACCACUGCAUCUGGGGCUCCUCCGUCGCAACAACAACAACAACAUCAGCCGUCCCAGCCGACGACGCACACGCAUACGCCCCAAAUCUCCCAUACGCCAGUACCUCACUCUGCUGCACACGCGAUCGGUCUCCCACCGUCAUCAUCCCAUGCACUGCCAUCUCCACAUGGACAGCACUCCUCCCCGCACGUGCACCAUCCCCAAGUUCCAUCACAGCAACAUGGCCAUGCUCAUGGUCGGGUGCACAACCCUCGGCAUGCGACAUGGCCUACUGCGAAGGGGUAUCCUCCGCCGGAUAUGGUACAGCAGCAGCAUCCACACCAGUCGUUCAUGCGGACGUCGCAUUCGGUGUCUAGUGGUGCUUCUCCACCUUAGGGUUGGAUCGUAGUUGAGGAUAAAAAAAUCGGGGACGGGGAAAUUUUAAAUCCUCCCUCCUCAGUGAGCAAAAGUAACAAAGGGUUUCGCUCUUGAAAAUAUCCAAUUCUUUCGCCCUUCUUCCUGCUC